AUGCACGACGGCGACACGGCGCCCAGAGCGUGGUCACCCCCGAGGCAGGAGCAGACAGGCGCCUGUUCGGUUUCGGACGGCGCCGAGCGCCUCCGGCUGCUGGUCAGCCCGGGUGGAACAGGCGGCGGCGGCUCCACGGGGCACCACUCUGUCCCCGACCAGCGCUGCGACACCAUGCGGCCAUCCGCGCUGCAGCUGACGCUUUGUCUGUUGGCCGUCGCUCUUGGCGGUGACGUGCCGCAGGAUCCGAGCGGCCGACGCGAUGGCUUGUUCGUGUGGCCGCUGCUAAGGAUUACAAAAACCGAGACGAGCACGCACACAAGCGUCACUGUCGUGCCCAAUCAAUGCCUGCUUCCAGGCACGGUAGAUCUGUGUGUAGGAAGACGGAAAAGAAGAUCUCACGCCGUAAUUCCAAAGGUGGAACCACUGGACGCAACUCAGCAGCUGGAUCCUGUGGCGCUUGAGAGUUCUAUGAGGCAACAGGAAUUCGUCACAACACUGGAUCACCCCAUGGGGCUACACGAGGACACCGGCUCGCUAAUUGACGACCAGCAAACACUUGCAGAAGCCGGUGGAAACGACCCUCGUUUUCUUGUCUACACGCGAACGGUUCACAAGACGAUAUUGAGUACUUCGACAAAUGCCAACCUCAUCGAAGAAUUGAAUGUGCUCUGCAUCCCAGUAGCCCUCGCGCAGUCGCUUCCGCUCUGCUAAGAGAAGAUCACAUGACGAAAGUCAUUGGCAGCAACGUUGUGGUUGAAAAGCGUCGACAGGCAAGUGUUAAACUGACAUGGCGCCUCGGGCUUUGGCACAAGAAAGCAUUUCAGAAAGAACGUUCAUGGUCUGGGAGGUCAGCAUAAAUAUUCACCGAGCAUGCAUUGGCAUCAUUCUUUGUAUGCCACGUGUGGAAACAUGCUACGAUGAGCCGUAUUGCUAUUUGUGUUGAUAGCGUUCCUUCGAGAACAUGUAAAACCCCCAAUCUUCAUAGGCGUGGGUCUCAACAAUGCUAGUUGCAACGAGAGCUUUUAAUUAUUUCUGUAGCUGCCAUCCACCGCUGCUGCAAUAUCAUAUUGCGUUGAAUGCGACUUUGGAAAAUACUUUGCACCCAUAUAUAUAUAUAUAUAUAUAUAUAUAUAUAUAUAUAUAUAUAUAUAUCCUGUCGAGUGUUAAGUGAAAUUUAACAAAAGCUUGCACAGGAAGUAGCUGCAUAGGACUAGCAGACUUGUUUGAAUGCGUUCUAACUGUUAUUGUUACCGUUUUGGGUGAUGGGUGCGCUGCGGUUGUUUGUCCGCCAUCGCCCUCUGAUGCAGUGAAAUAAACGUUGAAGACUGUAACUGA